CUCUCCUCCCAAACCCAACUGAUCUUCUUCUUCCCCAAUGCAUCAUCCUCUUCUCUACCUCUUCUUCUUCUCCUUCUUCUUCUUCUUCUUCUUCUUCCUCCCCAGCACCUCCUCCUCCUCUCCAGAACUCAUCCAAGCCUGCAAGUCCUCCCGUUUCCCCUACUCAUGUUCCCAACGCCUCUCCGCCACCCUUCCUUCCCUCCCCCCUUCCCCCUCCGCUUCCACCAUCAUCCUCUCCGUCUUCAACUCCUCCCUCCACGACAUCCCCACCGCCAUCUCCAUCACUCAUUCCAUCCUCGCCAACUCCCCCACCUCCUCCAACCUCACCUCCGCCGCCCACAAUUGCCUCGAAGUACUCCCCUACUCCUUCCGCCGCCUCUCCGCCGCCUCCAAUCUCUCCUCCGCCGACGCCCGCUACUGGGCUGCCGCCGCCCAACAGUACCUAUCCGGUUGUUCAUCUACCCUUCAAGCCGCCAAUACCUCCGCCUUCAUCGCCGAACUCGCCAACCGAACUUCCGACGGCCUCGCCAUGCUCGCCGCGCUUCAGCGCUAUGGAACCAACAUGACCCUCUGGGCGCCAGUCCAGACUGAGCGUGAUGGCUACUGGGGCACGCCGACUUCGUCGAAGUCUAAUGACUGGCGUCGCCGCGGGGUGCCGAAGGAGAUGGCGGUGAAUCUAACAGUGUGCGGAGAAGGAGACGGGUGUGAUCACCGGACGGUGCAGGAAGCGGUGGAUGACGCGCCGGAGAAUGUCACCGGCGAGUGGUUCGUGAUCCGGAUCGGAGAAGGAGUGUACGAUGAGAGCGUGAGAGUGCCGUUCGAGAAGACAAAUUUGGUAUUUUGGGGGGAUGGCAUGGGCAGAACCGUCAUUACAGGAAAUCUUAGCGUCGGUAUGCCUGGCAUCUCCACAUACAGCUCUGCUACAGUUGGUAAGAGAUGAUAGCCUCAUAAUUCUAUCUUUCUGUUUUUUUUUUUACAGUAAAUUCAGUAUAUAUAAAUUUUUUAAUUUGAAAUUUAAUUCGCUUAAAACUAUUUCACACUAAAAA